AUGGAGACUCUUCCCGAAGAUGUCAUCACAGGAAACAUAUUUUCUCUCUUAUCCAUCGAAUCCACCUUGCAAUGCAGACGAGUAUGCAGAACAUGGAAAACGAUCAUCGGUGGAAGUAAUGCAGUGGAAUCCAAUGACAUUGUUGGAUCAUGCAAUGGUUUGGUUUGCUAUAAAGCUGUAGAUCCAACAUAUCCUAAAGAUGGUCUUGCCUUUAUAUGCAGUAAUCCCAUAACUGGAGAAGCUAUUUCUAUUCCUGGAUUGAAGAAGAAUCGGCUAAUUACGAAACGUCCAGUAGGUGGAUUCGGCUACGUUGGCUUGACCAAUGAGUAUAAGGUUGUUCGGAUCUGUAACAGCGCAAAUGUAGAGGUAUAUACUCUUGGGAGUCCACUUGGAUGGAGAGACAAAGGACUUAUUAUCCCCUUUAAUGAUCGCUUCCUCGAAUUUAAGGAGUCAGGAAUCUUUGCUAAUGGAGCCCUUAAUUGGAUCAACGGGAGAUGGUUUGAUCAGAAUCCGAAUCCCAAGAUGUUAGCGUUCGGGUUGGCCGAUGAAGAAUUCUCUCCCGUUCCAGUCCCUCCUUGUCUUCGUACUAAUAAAGAUUGUCGAAGCGAUUCCAAACUCAUCUUAUUGGGAGAUAUAUGGGUAUUUAAGAAGACUAAUAAUGGUACUAGUUGCGGUGAAACGAAAGAAAAACGAGAGUACUACUACGACCACACAUGGAGUUGGAGUUUAGAGUACAGUAUAGCAUGGGAAGGCGGCAAAGAUUUGUACACACCUUUUGUCAUUACAAAGCGGAAUACAGUUUUAUUGUUGCAAAAUGGAACGAGUAACCUUUUUUGUUAUGACCCUAAGACGUCGACUUUGCAAAAAUAUUCGGAUGGUGAUGAACGCAUCUUGGACGUUCAAGCAAUUCCUCACAUGAACAGUCUUGUUUAG